AUGUCAAAGACGGUGGUCACGUCCGAAGACUCGACUAGGGCGACGAGCUUCAGCUGCGCCUCCUGGAUCCGAGCCCGAGUGUCCCCCUCAUCAGCAGGUGCAGCAGAUGAGCUUGGCAGAUCUCCAUCCGGCCUGCUCAGCAAUGCCUCGUCUGGGCGAUUCCGCAGCCCAGUCCGUGGGAGUCAGAUCACCACUGGCUCUCUGACCACUGGCAAGGAUGUCUCGGAGAGGGAAGAAGACUCGGAUGUGGAAGAGCAAGACCUCAUGGACCACACCGGCAGCAUGUUCGUCAUGAAGGAGUCCAACAAGUUUCGUAAGGUGUGGACCGGAAUCGUGACUGCCAUGCUGAUGUACAUUGGAACAUGGUUCCUUUUUCAGCUCACUUUCAUCGACCUUCACAAGCCAGAGCCGCUGAAGGUUGCUGAGUAUCUGGGUAUCGACGAAACAGGCUGGCAGGUGUGGUCGAAUUUUGUCGAUGGAUUGUUCUAUGUGGACUGCUUCAUCUACUUCUUCUGCAGCUUCCAAGAUGAGCGUGGACGGGAGGUAGACUGCCUGCCACGAAUCAUAUAUCGCUAUGCCACGGGCAGCUUCCUCGUGAACGUUAUGGCCAGUCUUCCUGAUCAGGCAGCUGGCGAGAUGAUGAAGGCGAUCAGUGGCCAGGAAGGCGACGGAGCUGGCGCCCAUCAAGCGGCGAGGACGAUGCGAUUGCAGAGAGCCUCGCGUUUGUUCCGCCUGGCUCGCAUUGGGCGGCUGGCGAAGCUGACCGCCAUGAAGUCGAGCCCACUGUGGAAGUGGUUGCAGACGCUCCGGGGAGUGCGCAUUAUCAACGUCUUGGUUGGUCUCUUCUUCUCUGUUCAUCUGCUGGCCUGUGGCUGGUACAUGUGCGCAUCGCUGCACACAGAUGUGGAGUCAACCUGGUUGGCACGGAGAAUGGUGGACGCAGAUGGCGCGAAGAGUCUACUGGAUGAGAGUGAUCCUGGUCUUCAAUGGCUCCAUGCCAUGUACUUCAUUCUCACGGUGUUCACCACUGUAGGCUUCGGUGACAUUGCUGCAGUCACACCAGGUGAAAUCAUGUAUGUGGUCUUCACUUUCCUCAUCGGUGCAGUGGUGCACAGUAUCAUUAUUGGAGAGGUGAUUGCCGCGGUCACCCGCGUCGACGAGCGGGGGCAGUUCAUCACCGAACAACGUGGCCUGCUGGAGCGUUUCGCGGCCCACACGGAGCUCGGCGAGGAUUGUGUCAUGGAGCUCCAGAACUGGGUAAAUACUGAGGCCGUGCGCUGGAUGAACCAGAAGUACGACAAGGAAGCUGUUCGGGGCUUGCUGACUGGCAGGCACAUGGCUCGUCACAUUAUGAACAUGUUGCCUGGCAAGCUCUUCAAGGGCCAGUUCGCAACGAACCGCUUCUUCCUGAACUUGCCGCCGAGGAUGGAUGAGCUGCCGCCUCGUUUGCCGAUGCUCUUAGCAUUGAACUCUCAUCGGCAGAGCUUUCAAAAGCAAGAGGUGGUUUAUCAGCGCUCAGAUUUUUCCAAUCAUUUCUUCCUGGUUACCAGCGGCGUGUUUGCCCACAUUGCAGUUCCAGCCGAAGGAGGUGGGCGCGAACAAAGCAGUAUGACCAGCACCGUCGGCCAGUGGCUAGUGGCAGCCAGUGCGGCCUCGAAUCCCGUGAUGUACCCUUACCAGCUCUUCUCACAGGGCUCCUAUUUUGGGGAGUACGGUGUCUUGCACAAUCAGCCGCGCGACACCUCUGCGCGCUGCGAGGCCCGAGGCAGUUGCAUCGUGGUGCCAAAGUCAGAGCUCGACAGGGCCAUGUGCGACUUCCCGGAGUUCUCCUCCUUCUGGGUGUCUACUGCCGGCUCACGAGAGCGACAGCGGCUCGCUUGUCGCAAUAGGCUGACCGCAGGAAGGGGCUACAAGCACUUGGCGGCCUUCAUGAUUCAGUGCUUCUUCCGGAGCUUGCGGAAGCCCUCGAAGGUCGCGCGAAUGCGCGCCGUAUCUUCCUCCGAAGAGGAACCACCCGCACCGCCGAUAGUCGAGCUUUCAGGCACGGCCAUUCGCCGGGUCUCUGGCUUUCUGCCAAGGUCAAACACAGACGCCCUUCCAGGUCCAACGUCCGAGUCCAAGCUUGAGAUGGCGGAGCUGAUGAGAGAAGUCCGCAUGCUCCGGGCGGAGAUCUCAGCUAUGAGGCGGGGCAGUGAUUUCUCGCCUCCUCGCGAAGCUUUCGCAGAGCCGCCGUUGAUUGGGCAAGUGCCGACGCUCUGA